AUGUCCAUCCCCACAUCAAUCUUCCAGUCGCAACGACGCUUGGUUCUCGUCGCUUCCGCCGCCUUCUUUGUCGUGAGCGUCUACCUCUGCACUAUAGUACUAUUCGCCAUGGAUUUCAACCGCGCGUCCAUCUCCUCAAGUUACGAAGACAUCGAAGUAGACCUCCCCAAGGCCAAUCUUCCCUCAUCUACCGGCUCCUAUAACCAGCCAUCGUCCGAGGACAUCACCGUCGUGGCUACGCUUCCUAACGGGAUAAUCGUGAUCGGAGACCUCCACGGCAUGAUCCACCCGCUCAACACCCUCCUCGAAGAGACCGGGUUCGAUAGCACAAAAGACCACAUCGUGUCAGUAGGCGACAUGGUCAACAAGGGUCCCGAUUCUACCGGCGUCAUCAAACGCCUCAUGGAUCUUAACGCCAGCGCCGUCCGCGGGAACCACGAAGACCGCGUGCUAUGGGCCCUUUCGUCAGAGCAGCUGGACUGGCUCAAGAGCUUACCCGUUAUCCUCACCGUUGACCCGCUCAACCUGUGUAUUGUCCACGCAGGACUUGUCCCGGGUAUCGAGCUUGAGCAGCAAGUCCCCUGGGCCGUAAUGAAUAUACGAACGCUCACCUACCCUACUGACGAUUUCCGCAGGAAGGAAGAAUAG